AUGGACAUCAGUAUUCCAAUAUCAGGCAGCUCGGCCCUCAAACGCAAGAGGGACGCCUACGAAGACGAUUCUGACGACGAAGUACCGGCGUAUGGCAAGCAAAUUCUUCCUGUAGCAAGCCUUCCGGACGAUUUCGAUGGCGAGCCACAAGAUGGCAUGGAAUACCUCUUUACUGUUCGACGGGAUGCUCAGCGUUUACCUGAGAUAACGCGUGUCCCCAACCCAUACGAGACGAGCAAACCUCUGCCUGAGGUGGUAAGGCCUCCAGGCACGCAUCCGUCGCUGCCAACGCCGGAAUGGUGUGAACUCUUGGAAACGAGGUUCAGGAAUCUACGAAAAAAUUUCAACCAACCCACGAUCUUCGUGGGGCCUGCACACGAAGCACAUCGCAAGUACAUGCCCGACAAAAAGGAACGAGAUAUGUGGUGGGCAUACCUCGAAGGGAAGCCCGAAUCUGAAUGGAAUAUCCCGAAAUCCCAGUCCAAGCGGCAGCAGAAACAGAAACAGAGGCAAGCACAAUAUCAAUCACAGUCCCAGCAACAGAGCGCGGACUCGUUAGAUGUAGGUGGUGGUUCAAAUCAGACACUGAGGGCUUGGGCGGAUGAACCUGAGGAGGAUGUUGCCCCCACUAUCAUCUACGAGACUUCGCUUUUGGAUGGUAACGACGAGGGAGAGGUUGAGCAAGCGCUGUCCAUCGACCCUGCAGAGGGGCUUCCUACGCCCACUGGGACGCCUGGCCCUCCAGAUUCUCCUCUUCCUUCCAUGUCUAGCGCUGGACCCUCCAGCGACAAGAAAGGCAAAUCACCCGUGAUGAAACCCCGCGAACCUUCGCCAGUGAUUUUGAAGCUCAUCGACGAGCCAACUGCUCUUCACCUCCUUAUGUACUUCACUCACUGGCUAAACAGUCACCUUCAGAGUGCGGACAGGAGUUCCUUUUGCCCUCGAGAAUCGCACGCCCGAUGGAUAUUCGCGUUGCUCUCAAGAAUCGACGAUCACAUAUCCGCAGACGACAUGAACUUAAUGCGUAACCUCGCUCGGGCGUGCAUAGGUCUACUGGGCAACCUCAUUGAACGGCGCAUUUCACCUAGAAUAUCCUUGUCGUUGUCAGAGGAGGAGGAUGACUCUAUGUCGGAAAGGUCGUGCUGGAUUAUCCUUGCUGUUAUCGUGCAUGUGUGGAAGCAGAGGGAUUUGUGGAUGGAUGCUGAAGCUGUCCUAGCGAGGUUCCCUGCUUCGUGUUUGUCUUGA